GGCGAAGACGGCUCCAUGACGGGAUUAACAUAGGCAGGAAUUCAUACAAGUCGUGUGCUUUGUUGUUUUUGCCCCGCGUUCUCUCUUCCGAUGCAAUCGCCUACUAUGGUGACGAUGGAGAAGGCCAACUUGAUAUUCGGAGGGAACGCCAAGCCCUUUAAGCAAGGGUUCGAAACGCGCGGGGUUCCUGGUGGAUACGGUCCGAGCGAGGCUUCGUCUGCUUCUAGGUCGUCGGAGUUCGGGGGGUAUUUCCGCGUGGCCAAGGACGUCGACAUUGGGGCGGGCGGCCCGGCGGAGAACUUCAAAAGCAUCCUUGUGGACGUUCUAAAAGAGAGCCCUGUGGUGGUGAAGGUCAAGGGCCACGCGUUCGACUCGAAGGGUGUGAGCGAGUGGCGGACGAGCAUCGGCGAGAUCUCGCGCGUUCGCUGGUCGGCGUAGGAGGCGAGUGCUCGUGUAGAUCGGUGUCUGCAGCGGUUGCGCGUAAUUGGAGAAGGACGCGGGCGAGUGAGCCUGUCGUGGUGGGUGGCCGCGCGCACGCCCGACGCGCGUGAAUUGAAGUGAGGGAUGAGGGUGCGACAACGCGGCAGGGGGG